GUGCAAGCCUUCAGCCGAACUGGUUGUUGUCAAACAGCAGGCAGCAAAGUGCAUAAAUAUUCUGAAAAGUUCAUAAAAUGUUUGUUGUAAAUUGUUCGGCGUAUUUUAAUUAGGAAACAUAUGUUCCCUACCCUUUUUUCGUUAAUCAGUAACCCGCGAGGGAAGUUGUUUUAAUCGUGCCUCGCACAGCAGUAUCAAGCACAAGCGAAAACACGGACAUCUUGGCUGCAGCACUACACUGGGUGGCAUUACAUCGGCCAUCAUCAUCGUCAUUGUUGGUUCUUCCACCGUACACGCUCGCUGGAAGCUAAUUCCGCUGCAUCCGGGGGGGAUCGAUCGUUCUCGUCUCUGUGUCGUUGAUUGUUGAUCGAAAUUGUUUGCUCAAACCUAUCCUCCGUGGCUUUGUGGGGUUAUUGUGGUCGACCGAGCAGUAAAGCAGUAUUGUAGAAAUAAAGCCCGUUUCUAGAUUCUAGAAUGUUUUGUGCAGUGAACAGUGCAUAGGUAUGGUGAAAAUGUAAACGAGGACGGGUUUAGUUGGUGCUGCAAAAUCUCGGCCACAUUCAACCCUCGAUCGAUCGAUCGGUGUAACAAGCGCUACAUCUAAUGUGAUCGUACCCGUUUGCCUUUUGUGUGUGUUUUUUUUUUGGUCGAUAUUCAUUCCUAAACCCCAUUCCGAAAAAGUGUACGCUAUCAAGUUUGUUGUGCUGUUCUGCGCGUAAGAUAAUUCCGCAUUUAUCACGUUAUCGAGUGUGUUUCACAUUUCGGUUCGACACACCCCGGAGGCCAGCGGUGCCUUCUACACUUCCGUCCGGUACGUCCGACCGUAGCCGGCCGUGGCUUAUCAAGCUACCCCGCGACACAAGCAAGCAAGUGUCGCCAUCCGUUGCCAUCGCCUAACCCCCGGAGGGAUUUAUUGCAUCGAUCGCAAGCAUAGACAGUGUAGGAACGGAAGGGCAACAAAAAAUAAAAUAAAACGACGCAGCAUUCCGUUUGUGCCUUUGUGACGAACAUUGUGUCAGGAGUGUAAAGAGCGAUUGAUAAAAGAAUUCAUUGUAAGCAGCGGUGCACCCGCACCGGGGUUCGCGUUUACUGUGGGGAAGUUUUGUUUGUGUAUGCAUAUUUAGCAUAUGAAUCAACAACAUCAUCUGCCAGGCGGUAGCCGUGGUUGCAAAACGACAACCACAGUAGGUCUUGCAAAUCGGUCUACUUUGUGCGAGCUCUAGAAGAGAGGAGUUGCCCGUCGGAAGCCAGUCGGAAAGGGGAGAUUAAUCGGCUGAACAAGAUCAUCGCAAACAAAUCGACCUGCCCAAUCGUCUGGUGAUGAUGAUGGGCGUGGACGGUAGCAGCCGGCACUAGAAGGACAACUCCCUGCUGAAUCUAACCAUAAACACUCACACAAGUGCCUGCCUGGAGAGUCUAGCAAAUCAACAUCGACAACAUCGUUGGAAGGCAGAAAUAUAAUUAUAAUAAUGGUUCCAGCAAAUCGAUCGAUCGUUGCUGGUGGUCGAUAAGUACGGAACUACGCAACCUAUUAACCAGCACCAAAAAGGGAGGCGACUUUCUAUCGAAAGGUGCAUAUUUGGGACAAUCACUGUCACCGUUAAGUCGCGAUCGAAAAACGCUCGUAAAAACAGUAAGCAAUCCAAUUUCCAACACGUUGGAAAAGAAACGAAUAAAUUUUUCGUUGACCAAAUGCAACCGGCAAGCAAUAGAAUUGACAUCCCGGACAAUAUCCACUUGAGCGACAUAUAAGAAGGAUACCCGCACGAGAAGAAACGUGUCAAAGUAGAGAAUCCACAAACGGCCGGUCACAACAUUUGCAGCACAACAGCCAAAAAAAAAACCUAUUGUGUAUUAUUAUCCUACGGUCGCAGUGGCAAAACCAGAUGGCGACGACGAAUAAAGAGGUCUACCACGAAGGCUGGCUCAUCAAAUCGCCACCGACGAAACGUAUCUGGCGUGCGCGAUGGCGAAGGCGUUGGUUCACGCUCAAGCAGGGUGAGCUGCCCGGUCAGUUCUUUCUCGAGUACUACACCGAUCGCAAAUGCCGUAAGCUGAAGGGCAUCAUCGAUCUCGACCAGUGCGAACAAGUGGACGCUGGGCUGCGGCUCGAUCGGCAGAAGGAAAAGUACGCACACAUGUUCGACGUGAAAACACCGACCCGUACCUACUAUCUGGCCGCGGACACCGAGGAAGACAUGCGCGGAUGGGUGAACUGUAUCUGCCAGGUGUGCAGCCUGCAGGAAACGCAAACCGUUGACGAUCGGCCAUAUUACAAUAUCGGCGCAAUCAAUAUGACGGAUGCGGUUAACAUGGCGAACACGGUUGUUGAGACGAGACCACCGGGAAGAUCGAUCAGUAAUGGUGCAGCAGCAAUCACAACGGAAACGGACGUAUCGAACGAAACUGAAACGACCAUGCUGAAUCAUUCGGUUGCGGGUGAAGUAACGGCAGAACAGCAAGCGCAACAGCAGCAAGCACAAUCACAGCAGAAGCGUACUCCAGCGGCGUACAACCCAUACGGCACGUACCAGAACGAAGAAAUGAUGGGCUUUCGUUCGAUGGAUUACACCAACCGGGAGACGAUCAUCUGUGAGGCGAAGUUGGGUCAACCCGCAUCAAGCGCUGCCGAAGCAUACUCCAAUCUGGACGUUAUUAUCGAACGCUCCCAGUCGCUGCGUGGUAAACCGACGUCGAAAAGUGGUGAACCAUCGUCAUCUUCCGCUACGAAUGGUAUUGGUGCGAGCAGCCCAAUGAUACACCACAUGCGAACACAAUCACUUAACAUCGAGCAGCAGCAGCAGCAGCAGCGCGGUGGUAAGAAGAUACCCGAAAAUCUUAAACUAACCGAUCGCUCCCCGUCGACGAGUGCGUUCGACAGUGGACCGGAACAACCGUCCCCAGCACUGAGCACCUCGUCCGGUCCGUACAUACCGAUCAGUGAGUGUUAUUCGGGCAGCCCGGUUACACCGUUGAACUCCCUUGAUCCGCGGUUUUAUGAGACACCGCGUAGCCACACCAAUAUCGGCUUCAAUCUCGUCAACAACGAGCAGCCGUACUCGCCAAAGAGAAACAACGUCGGUGGUGGACCGCUAGCAGCAGCGUCCGGCAAUGGUGCCGGUGGACCAUCGUCCCUAGCCGUAACGAUGAAAGGUGUUGGACUGCCGAUCAGUGGUAGUGGUAAAUCUAGUCCAUCCGACUCGGAAAGCGUAUUUACCGAUGACGAAUGGACCGGUUCACCGGGUGAUGGUUCGCGCAGCACUAGAGAAGGAGGAGGAAGCCGUGGUGGUGGCGGUGGAGGAGGAGAAGGAUCGAGUGGCAAAGGUGGAACGAUCGAUCGUAAUACCCGACCGUCGGAUAGCUCCAUCGAGAACGAUGCCGUCGGAUGGACGUAUGUGCAGCGCUUUUCCAAAGUGCCCAACACGGAGGAAAAGCAACAGCAGUCGCAAGCUGCAGCCACUUCUGGUAAUGGAAGUGCGCUGAUGGGUAAUGCGGCCAGUGCACCACCGAGACCACCGAAGCGUGCGAGUAUGAACUUGGAGGGCAUCGAAAAAGCUAAGGAUCUUAUAUCUUCCGAUACGGAAAAUGUUUCUCCUGCCAUCGGACCGAGAGAAGCUAGUGCGCAUAUCGAACAGUUUUACGAUAUUCCACGCUCUCAUCAGCAUCCGUACACCGGUAGCAGUAUGCACCUGCCGGAUGGGGACCUGCUCUCUCCGCUCAGUCAGUGUGAUCUGGUCGCUUCCAGUACACCGAACCUGAUCAGCGAGUUUGGUACCGGCAGCCAGUGCGGUACGCUCGGACGUCCAAGACCCCAUUGCUACACGAAUGCAGCCCCAACAAAGGUGGAAGGCAAUGUGUUUAGGUUUGAUUUCAGUGAACAGCCUGAUUCAUCAGCACCGGCCAUUAAUCGUCGCCUAAAGCCACGCUCUUCGUUCGACAUUACCAAAUCGGUCGAGUCUGUGACGCAGGGUGUUAAGCAACAGAUUUCACUCGGUGGGAAUGGUUCCCCGGCUACACCGGCACCCGUUCCCAGCAUUCCAUCCGGUGGUGGUCAGCAAUCGGCUAAAAGUCCUCCAACGGUUGAUCGUACACGGAAACCGGCUACUCCAAAGAUCGGUACUAAUUCGAUGCGUCGAAAGGGUGGACCAGUUUCGUUGAAUCUCGCAUCGAAUCAAACAACCGAAAGCACGUACGGUAACACUCAGGAUGCAAACAUUUCUUCGCUAUCGGUCAUAUCACCGCGCGCUGCCGGUAAAAAUGAAGAUCGUCUGCAGUAUCUCGAUCUCGACCAUUCAAACAGUCCGCAAAAAACGAACCAAAACACCAUCUACUCCGGUCCGAGCAGUAUCGGUGGGUAUGCAGGUGCUGGUGGCAACAGUACCAACCACCAUCAUAAUCAUCCGGUGGUGGCUAGCAGUUCCUUAUCGCACGAUAUCGGUGCCGGAUCGUCACGGCAUCAUCAUCACCAUCAUCAUCGGGACGGAGAUACGGUCACCACAAAACCGGCCGUUCAAACGAGCCGCACACCGUACACGACGGUUGAUUUCGUUAAAACCGAUGCAUUUAAUCGGGUACGCGCGGAUUCGGAACUUACCCGCGCUCAGUCACGACUCAAGGAUCAAACGUCCUAAAUGUAAGGGGGGUGCCAACUAGGAAGAUGCUUUAUAGCAAAAAAAAAGCUUUCCCCCAUAAUGUUGUGUUAUAAUGACAGCACUAAGAGUACGCUUUAUUCAUAUCCACAUCCAAUCGUCUUCCGAAUUUAGUUAAGUGUCUAUCGGUUAAGUUCACACUUUCAGCAUUGUGAACUGCUUUUGCAACUAACUUUCUGCGGAGAGAAAGAUAGAGAGGAAAGGAAGAACAUUCAGCUGACUGUGGAGGAAAAAGAAAUAACGAAUACGAAUGAAUUUCCAAUCAUAGCCAAGUGCAAUUAAUGCAAGCUCUGCCUUAACUUCUUCCUACUUCGUAAGCUUGUAGCGUUUUUACAACUAAACCAGCAUUUAUCUAGCGAACAAACAAAAAAAUAUAGGGAAAAGAACCCUUUAAAUGCUUUUAGGAACUGAAAAGAAUGAUUGUGAAACAUAUUGUUCACAAACCACACACAUACACACGGCGCCUGUGAUUACGAAACAAAAACGUGAACGUGAAGAAACACGGAACUGGAUUUUAAUUACUGGACGAAGGUAAAGCAGUGGUUGAUAGUUAGAUGUUUGAAAACGAAAGUAUUUACCAGCAUGAUGCGAGGAUUCGAGUAGAACGGCAUUUAACGGAAUGCAGGAAUGAUUUUAUUGUGUGUUAGGAAGAUUGAUAUGAAAAUGAAAGCAAUUAGAUAAUACGCAGUUGCGCUGUAAGAUUAGGAUAAAAUGCUAGCAUAAUUACAGUUGAAAAUGCAAAUCAGUUCGCACAAAAGAAACAAAAAAGCAUUGCAUGACUAGUAGAAGUAGCACAACAACAAACGUUAUAGUAGCAGCAUAUUGCUUAGGUACGUUGUUUCCUAUCAAAAUAGAACAAAAAACACACAUUUUCCAUUAAGCUACUUCUAAAACGUUUAGGGCACCGGACGCAUUUCUUUUGCAUUUCUUGUAUAUCUUUUUUUUACAUCUUAAUGUGUUGCUAUUAUCGCUUUUUGGCGAUACUCUUUUAAAAUGUGUCUUUACAAUUGUCUUUGUGCAUUCUUUUAUUUCCUUACAAAACAUACUGUUUGCAAAAUGUUUACAACUUUUACAUACGCACAUGUAUUACGUUUUCUCUACUAUUAUAAAAGAUUUUUGUACGCGCGUUACUGGUUUAGGUAGAACUUUUAAAAUGUUUACGUUUUAACGUUUCGCGGAAAUAAAACAAUGCUAUGAAUUACAGCAAAGCAGCAAAAGAAAAA